UUUGUCUACCACCCUUUUGGAGUUUAGGGCCCUUCAGAAAAUCCCAUCACUCCCAUUGACUCUACUUUCCCUCUCCUCCAAUUCUUUCUCUUGCCCAAAACAACACAAGAACAAAGGUCUCUUUUUUUCCCUCCCACUGAACAACAUACACAUUCGUUAUAUUCUCCCCCAAACAAUUGCAUACAAUUAUCAAAUUAUUAUUACUCUUUUUAAAUUAUUCACUCUGGGUGGUAUUUUUCAUUGCUGUUUUUUCUUUGUUCUUUGUAUUGAAGGAAAGCCUUAAACUAUUCGAAGCUUGAAAGGCUUUUCAUUGGAGGGUUUUCAAUUGGGUAUUUUUCGUUUAAUUCUCUCCUUCUUUUAGGUAUGUAUUGAUCUUGUCUUUUCGUUGUUGUUGUUAUUUUACUCAAAGAACUCCAAAACCCUAGUUCUUGAAAUACUGUAUUUUGUGUGCAUUGGCAUUAUACAGGCAAAAUAAUUGUAUUUUGAAGCAAUAGAUUACUGUAAAUUAGCGAAGGAGAUUUGGGUAUUGAAACUUGAAUUAUGGGUAUUGCUCAUUAAGCUUAAAUUUUGAUGUUGAAUUUGAUGGGAAUGGAAUGUUUGAUUGUGCUAUGAGAGUGUUUAAUCGGGUUAUAGAGAUUAGGAAUGCCCCACUUUUGAUUGAAAGUAGGAGUUUUGAUGUGUGUUUGUGAUCCAAGUGUUUUUUAGGGUUGCAAAAAAGAGGAUUUGGGUAUUGAAAGUUAGGGUUUGUGAAAGGGGAAUAUGGAGGGUGAAGACAAAAAGGUUGGCCUUAAAAAGAGGUUUAAAGGGGUUGUUGAGAUUAAUUUAGAUUCAGAUGAUGAUGAGCCAAUUGGGUCAUUGUUUAAGUUGAAAAGUAAGAAGAACCCUAAGAAGGUUAAGUUGGGAUCAGAUGGUGAGAGGGGUAAGGAUGUAGGAUCUAAGGGAGAGAUAGUGGAGGUUAAUACGGAGGAAUUAGGAGGAAUGGAGGAUACAUUAGCGAGUUUUAGAAAGAAGUUAAAGGGUCCCAAGAAAGACAGUGGUCUUGGGAGCUUAGUUAAAAAGGAUUUGGUGUCGAAAUUAGUCGAAAUGCCAGAUGAAUGCCUUAAUGGAUCACUGAAAGAUGAAGGUUUGGUAACUAAGUCGGUGCAAGAUUAUGAAAAUGGGCUAGUUGACUUGAUUUCAGUUUCGAGUAGCAGUCGAAAGUUAGAAAAGAAACGGAAAGAAAAAGUUAAGAAGUACAAGAUUGCAUCAGCUGAAAAAAAUCUUGGUGUUAUUGUUGAAGUUGAGGACGCCGAGAUGCUUGAUGUUAAUUCAUCCGAAAACCAGGUCAAAGGGCAGGAAUGUUUGUUGGUUCCUGAAAACAAACAUAAGAAGGGUUCAAGGUCCAAGUCUUCUUCAGCUGCUAUGAGUCAAAAGGUUCCUGUUGAGACAGAUGACAGUGUGUUACCAAAUGACCAUGCUUUAGGCGAUCAGCUAGAGGGGAACAAAGAUCUAUCUACUAGUCCUUCACAUGACAUGUUGACAGAUUCUCUUUCCUCGCUUUUAAGGAAAGCACAGUCUAGUGGGCGCAAGAAAUCGCGUGCAACUUCUGGAUUAAAGUCAAGGAGGGGGCACACGCCUGAGAAUUCUCUUUCAGAUGCAAACUUAAGUAUUAAUAGUCAGAAAUUAGAUCAGGUAUCAUGUACUGGCCAAAUGAGUUCCGUUCCUCCUUGCUGUGAGUUAGUAGGAGAUCAGGGCUUGGAUACUACUCCCUGUGGUGAAAAAUCUGACACAGCACCAAUCAGGAAUUCUGUCAAUAUUGAUGGUUUGGUUACCGAAAAAAGUACGAGACAGAGUGAUGUCACAUAUGGUGACACUUGCAAUUCUAUGUUGGACCAUUCAUCUCCAACUUCCCAGUUUGUUGCUUGUUUGAAGAAAAAGGAAGAGCACAAAGAUUCAGAAUCACAUAAGGAGGUUGAAAUGAUCCAGCAGCAGCGACAGAUUGUUCCAUCAGAGAAGAAUUUUGCAUCUUCAAAUGAGUGCAACAUGAUGAGCGAUAUGCCUUGUUCAACCUUUAGAUCGGGUACUGACUGUAUUCAGCAUGGUAUAGACACUUCAGCAUCUGGUCCAUUGUGUGCUGAUCAAAAUAACGGAGUUGAGGGUCCAAUGGAAACUGAUGUCAAUGAAAGAGCCAAUGGAAUCUCCUCCCCAUCAGUUCCUCCAGAUCAGAAUGGUGUUUGUCAAGAAGAUGCAGGAUGCAUUCCUGAGUCAAACAACCAGUGUAAUUCUUUGCCAAAUGAUCGCAUUAUCCGUAGAGCCAAGAAGCGCAAAGAUGGUGACAUGGCUUAUGAGGGUGACGUGGAUUGGGAGGUCGUGAUGCGUGAGGAUAGCUCUCUUGAAUCAUAUCUUCCUGUAUCCAGAGACCUUGGCACUCAGACAAAAGAGAGAUUUGAUUCCUUGUCAGAUGCAGAUUUUAAUUGUGAGAUUAGUGGAACUGCUGCUGUGUCUGUUGGUUUGAAAGCUCGUGCAGUUGGUCUUUUGGAAAAAUUUAAGUUCAAGGAGAUUUUGAAAAGCAAAAGUGGUUUGCAAGAAUACUUGGAAUGCAGGAACAAGAUUUUAAGCCUUUGGAACAAGGAUGUCACUCGUGUUUUGCCUCUUACUGAUUGUGGCAUCUCUGCAACUCCCGCUGAUAAUGAACCCCCACAUGCCUCCUUGAUGAGGGAUAUCUAUUCAUUUCUUGACCAAAGUGGAUAUAUUAAUGCUGGAAUUGCUGCUUACAAAGAGAAAGUCGAAUCUACUUCUAGAGGGAACUAUAAAUUGCUUGGUGAAAAGAAGUUUGAGGGGGGUUCUGGAGUUUCUGUUGCUGAUUCAGAAGAUGGAGUUUCCUUUAUCCUUGGUCAGGUCAAAAGUGUUGAUAUAAUAGAUCAUGAUAACCACCCUGAAGAAACUGCAAAAGACGUUAGUGAAAGAGUUUUUGAUCUGUCCUGUGACAAAAAGUCUGAUGAAGGCCUAGAUGUAAUGGAAGUUGAUGAGCAAGGGACUGAUGUAAAAACAUCUAUUCCUGAAUUGGACAACUCUACUGCUGAUGGGCUUGGGAAGAGUUUUGAUGAUGCUGCAGGUCCUUGUCAUUCAACUGUGCAUGAGCCUUUAGAUUCCAAUGCGUGCAACUUUGGAAGCCAAAAAAGGAUCAUAGUAGUGGGAGCUGGUCCUGCAGGUUUAACUGCUGCACGUCAUUUGCAAAGGCAAGGUUUUUCUGUCAAUGUUCUUGAGGCGAGGAGUAGGAUAGGUGGUCGGGUUUAUACAGAUCGCUCAUCGCUUUCUGUUCCUGUGGAUCUUGGGGCGAGCAUUAUUACUGGCGUUGAGGCUGAUGUGGUCAGUGAAAGACGGCCAGAUCCUUCAUCCUUGAUUUGUGGUCAGUUAGGUCUUGAGUUGACUGUACUAAACAGUGAUUGUCCACUUUAUGAUAUUGUGACGGGUCAAAAGGUCCCUCUUGAUGUUGAUGAAGCAUUAGAAGCUGAGUUCAAUAGUCUUCUCGAUGAAACGGUGCUUGUUGUUGCACAGCACGGGGAAAAUGCUACCAAAAUGUCUCUUGAAGAUGGUUUGGAGUAUGGUCUUAAAAGACGCCGUAGAGUCCUUUCUGGAACUGAAAAUGGAAAAUUUGAAAUAUCGCAACCCUUGACUGGCACUUUCUACCAGGAAGAGGAUGCUGAAGGUUGUCAUCCUGCAGAACAGAUGGAUAGUAGAGAAGAAACACUCCCUCUUGAGAGGAGAGUUUUAGAUUGGCAUUUUGCUCACUUGGAGUAUGGCUGUGCAGCAAUGUUGAAAGAAGUAUCACUUCCUCAUUGGAAUCAGGAUGAUGUGUAUGGAGGGUUUGGUGGUGCUCAUUGUAUGAUUAAAGGAGGUUAUAGUGCUGUUGUUGAUUCUAUAGCUCAGGGACUUUCCAUCAAUUUGAACCAGGUGGUGGCUGACAUUUCUUAUGGUACAACGGGCUCAGCUGGAUCUGAUAUAUGCUCGCACAAGGUCAAAGUAUCCACAUUCAGUGGUAAUGAGUUUUUUGGCGAUGCCGUUUUGAUAACAGUACCCCUUGGAUGCCUAAAAGCAGAUUCCAUUAAGUUCUCUCCACCUUUACCGAAGUGGAAACAUUCAGCCAUUCAGCGGUUGGGUUUUGGUGUUCUAAAUAAAGUGGUCAUGGAAUUCCCAGAGGUUUUCUGGGAUGAUACUGUGGAUUACUUUGGAGCUACUGCUCAGACCUCUGACCUAAGAGGUCGCUGCUUUAUGUUCUGGAACGUUAAGAAAACAGUUGGAGCUCCAGUUCUAAUAGCCUUAGUAGUUGGUAAAGCAGCUAAAGAUGGACAAGAUUUGAGCCCCUCUGAUCAUGUAAAUCAUGCUCUCAGUGUUCUACGUAAACUUUUUGGGUACACUGCUGUUCCUGAUCCAGUUGCAUCUGUAGUGACAGACUGGGGACGAGAUCCUUUCAGUUAUGGUGCAUACUCUUACGUUGCUGUUGGUGCUUCUGGGGAGGACUACGACAUAAUUGGUAGACCAGUCGAGAAUUGUUUGUUUUUUGCUGGUGAAGCUACCUGCAAGGAACAUCCAGAUACAGUAGGUGGUGCAAUGAUGAGUGGUCUACGGGAGGCCGUUCGUAUAAUUGAUAUAUUGACUACUGGUCAUGAUUACACAGCGGAAGCAGAAGCUGUUGAAGCUGCCCAGAGACAAUCAAACAGCCAGAGAAAUGAAGUUAAAGACAUUUCUAGGAGACUUGAGGCAAUCAAUCUCUCAAAUAUCCGCCAUAUGAGUCCAUCAGAUAAAUCCCAGUAUUUCGUUAGAGAAAGUUUGCUACAGGAUAUGUUCUAUAGUGCUAAAACGUCAGCUGGACGGUUGCGUUUGGCUAAAGAGUUAUUAAUUCUUCCUAUUGAAUCUCUGAAAUCUAUUGCUGGGACAAAAGAAGGACUCAGUGUACUCAACUCGUGGAUAUUGGAUUCCAUGGGAAAGAACGGAACUCAGCUAUUGCGUCUCUGCGUCCAUAUACUAGUGUUGGUCUCUACAGACUUGGUAUCUGUCAGGCUGUCAGGCAUUGGAAAAACUGUCAAAGAGAAAGUCUGUGUUCAUACUAGCCGUGACAUACGCAGUAUAGCAAGCCAAUUGGUUAACAUGUGGAUUGAGGUUUUCCGCAAGGAGAAGGCUACUAAUGGUGGCUUGAAGUUGUUGAGAGACAUGUCAAAUGUGGACUCCUCAAAAGCAAAAGCUAAAAAUUUGGGUUCUAGGAAACCUCCCAUACAUGUACAGCAUUGUACAGCUGCAAGGUUCAAUGCAAACUCAAAGAAGCUGACUGUAAAGCAUGUGAAGCUGGAAACUACAAUUGGUUCAAAACCAGAUGCUCAACCAUCAGCUUCACAAGUUUUGAAUAUUGCUUCAGGUAAUAAAUUUGUGGAGACUGAGCUUGUAGAGUUGUCUGAAGAAGAAAAGGCUGCUCUUGCUGCUGCAGAGGCUGCUCGUGCUGCUGCAGCCGCGGCUGCUGAGGCCUAUGCGUCAUGUGAAGCUAAGAUGAGCACGAUGCAGUUACCCAAGGUACCAUCAUUCCAAAAGUUCGCUAGACGAGAGCAAUAUGCACAAAUGGAUGAAUCUGAGAGAAGGUGGUCUGGUGGUGUUUUGGGUAAACAAGACUGUUUAUCAGAAAUAGACUCCAGAAACUGUAGAGUUAGAGAUUGGUCUGUUGACUUCUCUGCUACAUGUGCGAAUCUUGACAAUUCGAGAAUAUCUGCUGAUAACCUUUCACAGCGGAGUCAUUCGAAUGAUAUGGCAUGCCAGUUAAACUUGAGAGAGCAUUCUGGAGAAAGUGCAGCCUGUGACAGUGCUGCAUUUACAAAAGCUUGGGUCAAUUCUUCAGGUAGUGAUGGGAUAAAGGAUUAUCACGCCAUUGAGAGAUGGCAGUGCCAAGCUGCAGCUGCUGAAUAUGAAUUUCAAUCUUCUGUACAUAUUGGGGAUGAGGAAGAUUCAACUACAAUGUCAAGACAUCUCAUAAGGAAGCCCGAGGGACUAUUGAAUGAAAGUUCUGUUUCACAGGUGACAGUAAACAACGAAUUGGCUGUUAACCAGUACAAAGGAGCUGAUAAUAUUAAACAAGGUGUUGUGGAUUAUGUAGCUUCACUGCUUAUGCCUUUAUACAAAUCAAGGAAGAUUGAUAAAGAUGGUUAUAAGUCGAUAAUGAAAAAGAGCGCAACUAAGGUCAUGGAGCAGACAACCGAUGCAGAGAAAGCAAUGGGUGUAUAUGAGUUUCUUGAUUUUAAGCGCAAGAACAAGAUUCGUGCUUUUGUUGACAAGUUGAUUGAGAGACACAUGUCAAUGAAGCCGGUAGUGAAGUCUUGAUGGCCUGCAGUAAUAGCGAAUACACGCAAACCAUAGUGCACUUCGUUUAUGACCGGGAAACGUUGGAAAGUGGACAUCAGGGACCUUGGUUUGGCUCAUUUUUUGGCGAUUGCCUCCGACAAUUUGCAUAACACUUUGUUCAUAAAAGGAGAAAAAGAUGGGAGAAUCUUUUGACUGUAAUUUGGAUGGAUUUACGCCGCUUUUCUGUCCUAAUUGAAGUUGUUUUGAUGAACUUGUGAACAUGUUGCUUGAGCCGCUGCUGAUGAUGCGAAGCAAAUCUAUCAGCCAAAGGAAUUAAUUCCAUUUGAAAAAACCAUGGUUUUUGAGGAAAUUAAUUUCUUCUGCUUUGAUGUACUCUCGGGGGAAAAGAGCACCCUAAGUUUUUAACUUAUUUUUUUCCUUUUGCACAGGGAUAAUUCAGAUGAAAACCUCAGUUUUGUCUUUUAACAUUGUAAAUCAUAGAAUUGCUUCAAUUAGAAUACAUAUUUCUUCUCUUCGGGAAGUUCAUUUA